CCUCCAGUCCCCUGCGGCGGUGGAGAGGGUGUCUCCUCUCAGUGGAGUAGAGUGGACCUCUCCUGCACCUGUCCCCUAAGGCGGCGCUGCCAAAGCCGUAAACCGGAAGUUGGAAACCGGAACUCGGCUUCACAAUGAGGCUUGGAGCGCAGGUGCAACCUCUCCAUCAUCUGUGCUCGCCACACAAGAAUUUCUCCUCGCAUUUGGCGAGCAGGCAAGCAGAUUUUUUAAACCCUGAAUUA